AUGUUCUCCUCCUCUGUGCCAGGAUCUCCUGCUCCUCUCAUCAGAUCCUCGUUGACUCCCAGGUCCUGGACGAGAUCAUGGAGUGCGCCUUCGGUCGCUCCUUCUCGAGCUCUUCGUGCACCCCUCCGGAGCUGGGCAUGCUCUGCGACUGCUCCCGCUGCGGAGGGGAAGCAGGAUGGAGCAUCCGGAAACGAGGGACAAACAGCGAUCAUUGGAGCAGGUCCUACGGGUCUUGCCACUGCUAUCAUGCUGGCACAAAGGGGCUGGAAGGACAUUCACGUCUACGACCGGCUGUCCCCCCCUCCGAACCCUGACGACGACAACGUCUGGUCCGACACAGCCAAGUUCUACUUGAUCGGGAUCGGUGGAAGGGGGCAGAGAGCACUGAAGAACUUCGGGAUCUGGGAUGAUGUGGACAAAUACUGCACUACGGUAGUAGGGAGGAUGGAUUGGGCCCCUGGAGCAGGAGAAGAUGAGGGGAUUGAAAGGAUCUUUACGGAUAGGCCUUACCUGACGAAGGUGAUCGCAAGAGAUCGGCUCGUAGGAGUUCUCGAACGGAUCGUGAAGGACAAGUUCGGUGGACAGGUGCACCUUCACUAUGGGAACGAGCUUCGCACGGUGGAAUGGAAGGACAAGCAAGGGAAGGGUGGCUGUGAGUUCGAGAUCGAGGAGUUCGACGUCGAGAGCUUGUCAACGGUUCGCCCUCCAACUAGCACUGUCACCAUCACAUCGGGAGAGAAGGAGACAAAGGGAACGGGCAGGAUGAAGAAGUUAAAUGCCAAGCUCCUGAUCGGUGCCGACGGGGCGGCAAGAACCCUUGCAAAUGUCAUGCAGGAAGAAUCAGAAAAGUCGGAGCGCGGGAUGUUCAAGAGACCCUUCAGAGUCAUUCGAUACCCUGACGACAACCAGCGAAUCUACAAGACCAUCCCCCUCAAGCUCCCCAAGGGCUGGAGGAGCGACCUCAACUACUCCGCCCGCACCCAAGACGGGCGCAUCAACAUCGACGCGCUCCCCGCUUCGCCUAACGGCGACUACUGCGCAGUCCUCCUCCUGAAAGCAAACGACCCCCUCGCUGCAGCCAACACAGACCCCAAGGAGCUGAGGGCGCUGCUGGACAAGAACCUACCGCAGUUCUCCAAGCUUAUCGAUGAGGAAUCCUUGAAAGCCAUCGCGGCGAAGCCGCCAUCUCGUCUGCCAUCUUUCCGCUACGUGGAGCCCUACCUUCACCGCGGGGACAGCACGGUCCUGCUGGGGGAUGCAAUCCACACGGUCAAGCCUUACUUCGGGCUCGGAGUGAACUCGGCGUUCGAGGACGUGCAGAAGCUGAGCGAGUGCCUUGACAAGCACGAGAGCUCGGCGGGGAUGGAGGGAGCCCUGUCUCAGUUCUCUUCCAUCAGAGCUGGGGAGGCUAAGGCGCUCGUGCAGAUCUCGAGGGGCUUCGACAGGCCAGGGCUCAAGGGCUUCUUCUCCUUCAUCCUCCCCAUCAUCCUGGACGGCAUCUUCAACAAGCUGGCGCCUCAGGUCUUCGGUCAGAACACCAUAUCUAUGCUGCAGCAGGAGGGCAUGACAUUCCAGGGAGUCAGAGAUCGGAAGAGGAGAGAUCGAGUGCUUCAGGUCCUCGUCCUUGGAACCAUCUUCUUCACGAUCUUCAAGGUUGUCUCCGCUGUCGUGCAAGCUCUCCCCAAGGUCGUCCUCUUCGGCAUCACCUUCACCUUCCUCGGAGUCCUUGGUGGAUUGCAGCUCAACAAGGUCCUGAAGCCUGGAAUGUCCACCGCGGACGUUAUCGCCAGCACUGAGAAGAAGUAUCUUUCCAAGAACAAGCAGCCGUCGAGCGGGACCGUCAACCCAACCUCCGAUGGCGCGGCGAAGACUUCCUAA